CCGGGGCUUCUUGGCUCUUUCCAGCUGAGGUGGGGGAGGUGGGAAUAUGGCCUGUCUCCGGGGUUUCCUUGAGUGUCCGGGGCCGGCACGGCGUCUGUAGGGGCUCAGCCCGUCCCUUGGCGUCCUUAUGGCUCAGAGAAGGUCCCGCAGGAGGGGCUGCCCUCCCGGGGCCCCGCGUGUCUGUGUCUCCGUGGCCUGGAGCGUGGAGGGCUGGCCAGGGUGGAUCCCCACCCCUGCAGUCGGUCGGGCCUCCAGAACCUCGCGCCCAACCCAGCUGUGACAGGUGAAGGGACCGGGGCUCCUCCACCGUCCCCGCACAACUCUCUGCUGGCUCCUCAAACUGCCCAGGGAGUCAGACCCAGGGAAGGGAAAAGGGGGGCUUUGACCGGGGGCUGUGCGGCCCCCUCGGGUGGGACCCAAGGCCCCUGCCUCCCCAAGGUGCUCCCGGCCCCAGCUCCUGACGGCAGAGCCUGUGGACUCAUGGCCUCAAGACUUCUCCUGGUGCUCGCCCUCUGGGUGGGCUGCUCACCCUGCAGCGGGAGAAAAGCAGCCCCCACCCAGCCCAGGGUGCGGUGCCGGGCCUCUAGGUACCCAAUUGCCGUGGAUUGCUCCUGGACCCUGCUGCCCACUGCACACUCCGCCAAGCCCACGUCCUUCAUUGCCUCGUACAGGCUCGGUGUGGCUGCCCAUGGGGAGAGCAGACCCUGCCUCCAGCUGACCCCUGAGGCCACCAGCUGCACCAUCCCAGACGUCCAGCUGUUCUCCAUGGUGCCUUAUAUACUCAACGUCACAGCGGUCCAGCCCUGGGGCAGCAGCAGCAGCUUCGUGCCCUUUGUUCCCGAGCAUAUCAUCAAACCAGACCCUCCCGAAGGCGUCCGCCUGAGCCCCCUCCCUGGACAGCGGCUGUGGGUGCAGUGGGAACCCCCCCGGUCCUGGCCCUUCCCAGAGAUCUUCUCACUCAAGUACUGGAUCCGAUACAAGCAUCACAGAUCCGCCCGCUUCCGCCAGGUGGGGCCUAUUGAAGCCACAUCCUUCACCCUCAGGGCUGUGAGGCCCCAAGCCAGGUACUGCAUCCAGGUGGCUGCUCAGGACCUCACCGACUAUGGGGAAGCAAGUGACUGGAGUCCCCCUGCUGCUGCCUCCAAGCCCAUGGGCAAAUAGUGGGGCUUCCCAGCCCCCCCCCGCCCAGAAGAGGGGCUGGGUCCUUGACAUCCGCCCCCCACUGCCACCCACUCAAGGACGGAUGGGACCCAUCUGGCUUGGGUUCGCUGCUGCUGAGUUGCUGCGCAACAUUGGACAAGUGACUUUGCCUUUCUUUCUUUUUUUUUUUUUUAAAGAUUUUAUUUAUUUAUUUGACAGAGAGAGAGAUAGUGAGAGCAGGAACACAAGCGGGGGGGAGUGGGAGAGGGAGAAGCAGGCCUCCCGCCGAGCAGGGAGCCCGAUGCGGGGCUCGAUCCCAGGACCCUGGGACCAUGACCUGAGCCGAAGGCAGACGCUCAACGACUGGGCCACCCAGGCGCCCGUGACUUUGCCUUUCUGAGCCUGUUUGUCAAUCUGUGAAAUGGGGAUGCACUUCUCCCUUAGGCCACAGUACGGAGCUCUGGGAACUGUGAACUUCUGAUGUGUUCUAUUGUUUAACUAAAAAAAGAUUGUUGCUGGAA